AGCAGCAGCUGCAGGAGCUGCAGGAUGGCUUUAUCACGCUGAGCAAUAAGAAGCUGGAACUGACCGAGGCGCUGGAGCGCGAGCGGCAGGCGGCCGCCGAGCAGGGCCGCCGGCUGGCCGAGCAGCACGCGGAGCUGGAGCGGACUGUGGCGCGGGCCGCCGACGCCGAGCGGCAGAACAUGACUGCCCAACAGGUGAUUGACCAGCUGCGGCACUUCGAGGCGGUGGGCCGGCAGGCGGAGACCCUGCAAGCGCGAGCUGACGGCGGCCGAGGAGAAGCUGGCCCGUCUCCAGUCGGGCUCCGCGGGUGGACAGCAGCCGGGACAUGAGCCGCAGCCGGGACAGGAGCCGCAGCCGGGACUGCAGCCGGAGCCGGGACAGGAACCGGGGUCAGGCCCGGAGCCCGCGCCCCGACAGCAGCCGCAGCUGGGGCAGGAGCCGGAGCGGCCGUGCAGCCCGUCUGGACGCGUGCGGCCCUCGCUGGAGGACGUCAUCCGCGAGCGAGAGGAGCUGCGCGCCCGACUUCAGCAGUUCAUCGGCGGCGGCGCCAUCGACCCGGCCGAGCACGAGAAGCAGCGCUCGGCCCUGGCGCAGCUGGAGGUGCGCUUCUGUGACGUGAUGAACCAGGUGGCCGUGCUGCGCGACGAGCGCCAGGGCCUGGAGCACCUCUGCGAGCAGCUGCAGGGCGAGACGGACACCAUCGGCGAGUACAUCAGCCUGUACCAGGUGCAGCGCUCGGCGCUCAAGCAGCAGGCCCUGGAGCGCCAGCAGGAGCUCAACACAUUGCACGAGGACCGCCAGCAGCUCCGCCAGCAGCUGCAUCAGCUGCAGCAGCUGGUGGCGCAGCUGAUGGAUGGGCAGCGGCCGGCAGACGCGCCGGCGCCAGCGCCGGUGGCGGAGCCGGACGUGCCGCCCGACAGCGAGCCGCCGUCGCCAGCCGAACCGGCCGAGCCGGAGCGUGAAGUCACCGCCAGGCGCAUCAUCAGCCUCAUCGAGCAGAUCGGCGCCAACGAGUACGUGGACGGGCACGCGGCGCCGCUCCACGUGUGCCAGCACUGCCGCGGCAAGCGCGUGCUCAAUGUGUAGCCACCGGCGGCGCCCGCCACGGCAGCGCCGCCACCGGGCCGGCUCCGGGCCAGGUCGCUGCUCUGGCGGGCUGCUAUUGGCUACUGGUAGUGGGUCGUCACUCGCAGCGGGUUGCCAUUGGCUGCCGACAGUGGGCCGUCACUCGUGGCGGACUGCGAUUGGCUACCGACAGUGGGCCACCGCCCGCGGCGGGCUGAGAUUGGCUACCGACGAUGACCUUGGCCUGCGGCACGGCGUGGCUGGUCCCAGACAGUGGCUGUCGCUCGGACAAGCUGUGAUUUGCUGCGGACGUCGACCCUUUCCCGUCGGUGACGCGUGGUAAGCCCUAGGUGGCGAUGUUCAACCGUGGCGCGCUGCUAUUAGGUGGUGGCAUUGGCGACCUGUUGCGAGACGUGGUUGGCUCCCGCCGACCACCGGCGGCCAUGGACAUGUAUUUUGAAUGGAGUUGUCUGUUGCUGCGUGAUCACGUCAUCCCAAUGCCUUCAUAUUGAGGAUUGUGCGUGUGAGUGCGGUUUUGCCUUCGCCCCGGUCGGCCGGCGUCGUAUUCCUGUUGUUUCGGGGUUUCCGGACUGGCCAGGCGUCUGCUGUAAAGGAUAUUGGAAUGGCACCUUGGCCUCUGACGUCAUUCCGAGCAGUUCCACCUACUGUACCAUCUAGUGCCUGCUGGACGAGGGGAGGGGGACUGGUAGGGAUUUUGAGAUUGUUACCGUGUUCUGGAGGCGGCGCACGUCGCGCGCCGUCGUCGUUGUUGACAUAAAUUGCCAUACAAUCUUCUGUUCUGGGGACUUGCGUGUGCUUUAAGUUACGUUUGAAGUGUUGUAAUGUUUAUUUUCUCUCUAAAUAUAUGGUUUUGUGAGGGGUGUUGACUUGUCGACAGCAGUUUUCCCUUGCGGUCCUCAAAGUGAAUACGUGCAGCAACAAUAUACUGAUUC